AUGGCCGACAUUUGAUAAAAUUCCAGUGAUACAUUUAUUAAUUUAACUUUAUUGGUUUAAGCUUUAAAGUCAAGUUCGAUCACAAUUUAUUUAUUUUAACGUUUCAAUUAUUAAGUUAAUAAAAGACAUUUAAUAUUCAUAAUGGCUUCUCAAUCAAGAAUCAAUACAUACAUGGAAAGACAUAAAAUAGGCGCUUUAUUCGAGGAUCUUAUGAAUAAAGUGAUUCGUGAUAUGCCAGAAGAGCCGAUGAUCUACCUGCUUAGAGCUGUGUAUAAAAAAGCUGGAAUGGAAAUACCACAGGGAAUUCGGUAUGGAGGAUUACGUAAAAGCACAUCUGAAUUAAAGAGAAGCACAAGUCCAGAAAGACUCACAAGAUCAGCGCAAGUUUCAAGCAGUGCUGAUUUAGGGGCAUCUAGGGAUUAUGAAAAACCAUGGGCUACAACAACAGCUCAAAGGAUUAAGCCAAGAAAACUUGAAGAAACAUCAGCUUCCAAAAACAAACCAGAGUGGAACUCAGAUAAAAAAGUGAAAGCUUCCACCUUUGAUGAUUUGUUUGAAGCUGGAGAUGUGCCUAAGAAAGAUAAAGAGAAUGUGGACACCAGGAAGUCUACCACCAAACAAAAGGGAGGCUGGGGCACGGGUAGCCAGGGCGUGAAGACUGUCAAUGCCUGGGCUACUGUUGGGAUGGAUGAAGGAGAGGUUUACAGUAGCCCAACAUUCCAAAGCACCAAAAGACCCACAGAGAACUCAAGUUUCUCAGAGAAAGACUUGCUGUGCAAUGAGACCAUUCCAUUGUCCAUGAGAUCUGGGCCGAAUACUGAAGAUGACCAAAGCACUAGGGUCAGUGUGUCAAGCCACAACAGUAAAAACAGAAAAAUGGAAGCCAAAAAACAUAAAGAAGAAUACGGCCAGCUUUUGACAAAAGCUGAUCACAAAUCUGAUGACUCCGGACUUGGUCCAGAUUUUGAACUGGCAUAUGAUGAUGAUGAUGAUGCCAUUGAACUUUUAGAGAAUGCUGAUGACUUAAAAAGGGAGGGUGUAAAGAACAUUCCUUUAUCAGGCUACAAGUUAAGCAGGAAUCUCCGCCACAGGGAUAAUGAACCAAGGGUCAAAGUGAAUAUAAAUGUGAACCCUCCACCAUAUCCUUACAGAACCUAUCCAGAAAGUGUUGAUCAUUAUGAUGUGUUUGAAACUGAAACAUCAUCACCAGAACUAAAGGAUUCUGAUGAAGAGGAUUUUGAAAGUGUGUCACAAGUUUCUGGGCCUAGACACCCAGUAUGGGAUGUACCAGAUACAGAUGCUGAAUCAUUGUUCAUGAAGCCGUCCUAUUCAUCUCAGGCACCCAAAAAAUCCAGUCUCCAACAGAAAACUUUUUCUGAAAAAACAUUGCGUAAUACAACGCCUGUAAAAUUUGCUGAUCGUUCACUAGACAAUGCAGAUGAGCUGUCAGUGUCUAAUGAAACAUGGACAGAAACUGGGAACACAGAGCGACCUGCAAAAGACCCUAGAG